CGGAAGUACUUUUUUUUGUGUUGUUGACGAGACGUUGAUGUAAAGGAACACAUUUUUCCGCUCACCUUUGAAGCGACACAAUGUCUAUUAAAUUGAAUGCGCUAUUCAGCGACUCCUACGUUGAUGUAAGCCAAUACAGAGACCAACAUUUUAAGGGAAAUCGAUAUGAGCAAGAGAAACUGCUGAAGCAGGCUAACACACUCUACGUGGGUAACCUGUCCUUUUACACCACAGAGGAACAAGUGUACGAGCUCUUCUCCAAGAGUGGGGACGUGAAACGAAUAAUCAUCGGCCUGGAUAAGGUGAAGAAGACGGCGUGCGGCUUCUGCUUCGUCGAAUACUACACGCGUACAGAUGCUGAAAAUGCUAUGAGGUUUGUCAACGGGACACGACUGGAUGACCGCAUCAUCAGAACUGACUGGGACGCUGGUUUUAAAGAAGGCAGGCAGUACGGCCGUGGCAAGUCCGGUGGUCAGGUCAGAGACGAAUACAGACAAGAUUAUGACCCAGCCCGGGGGGGCUAUGGGAAAGUUGUCUCACGGCCAUAAAACAUGUCCUAUGCUGUUUCUUUGGGGAGGGCUAUGGGGAAACUAGUGUCACGAGCCUGAGUCAACAUGUUACUGCUGUUUCUUUGCCCUUUUCCAGGUAAGAGAUGAAUAUAGACAAGAUUAUGACCCUGCUCGGUGUGGGAAAUUAGCUCAGCUGCAGAAACCUCCCGAGGGACGGAACAGUUUAGUUUGGGUUCCAAGCAGAUGUCUGCCAGGGUUUUCUAAUGACUCAUUUAUUUACAAGUCUUCUGUGAAGCAUUUUUCAGUUAACCAUAGUUCCAUCAGUCAUUAUGACCAGUGUGACACACGUUUACAAAUGUAAUUGUCUCCCAAACUGUAUACUUUCAAAAAAAUAAAAUCUUUUUACGUUU